AUGUGGUUUCUUGUCGGACAAGAGCAGAAUGCAGGUCUCCGAAUUUGGCUCAAGCCAGAAAUGACAGUAACCAUCGGAAGACAAGUAGCAGGCGAUGUCCUGAACAUCGCAGGCGAGGAUCGGUCUGUCAGCAGGCGACAUGUCGUUAUAUCCGUCUCCAAGCCAUCACUGAACAGUGUGAAAGUACGGGGAGAGCACACAAAACUGACGAUCAGGGAUUUGGACUCGAAAUCCGGAGUAGCAGUCAACAACACGCGGAUCGCAGGUGGCAAGGAUAUUGAGGUUAUCAUUGACGAAGAUCACCUCUGGACGACUCAGGAUCAACGACAUGUCGCUGGACGCGGAUAUGGCGGAUGGGUGGAUGUGAACAUUGGCGACAAGACAAACUUUAGGCUGGAAAGGGUCGACUGGAGUAUCUGCUCUGUGGGCCUCAAUAUUCAAUCCAAAGUCGGCAUCGUUGAAAUGGCUGCUGAAAUGGAUGUUAAGGUGGAAGAAUCAUGGGUUCCAGGAGUUUCAACACAUGUGGUUAUUGGAAACAACAAGGUUUCUCAGAGGAUAUUUUUGGCUCUCGCAGAGGGAGGAUACAUGGUCGACUCGACUUGGUUCAAAAAGCAGCUAAGGAUCUUUCAGGAGUCAUGGGAGACCAAAGGCCAAACGGAAGCACGACUGAUCGAGCUAGAGCACCCUGCACCAACUCCAACAGGAUACGAGGACGCAAACAUCCAGUGGGCGCCAAAUUUCACCCGCAGAACGCUCUUCAAGGACUAUCGCUUUAUUUCUCUUGCGAGGCCAAAGUAUCAAAAUCUUGCUCAAGUGAUUCGGUGCGCAGGAGGAGAGUGGUCGCAGGAAGAACCGAGUAGAACCCAAAAAAGGAUCAUGGAGUGCUUAUCCGAGACAUUGAUUCCUGUUUUCCUGAAGCCUGAUGCGAACGUUGAUACGGAUCCAGUGUUCUCAAAUACGUCCAGUAUCUUGAAAAAGAUGGGCUACAGAUGGGUGCAGGAAGUGGAGAUCGGGUCGGCUCUUGCCUAUACAUCAACAGACAUGUAUUGUAACCCAAAAUACCAUGACGAGCUGCCAGCCCUGGUGAUGAUAUCCACUCUUGCUAGCGUCCAGACCCCCUUGUCACAGUUUGUUGAAUCUGCAGCUAGCACGCAGUCGUUUACGAGACCCACCACCUCUCGCGCCGCCUCAAAUGUAAGAGAUGGCAAGGAUACACCUUCGUUUUUGGAUGAAGCUGAAGAGACUACAGCUGGUUCUUUUGAUCUUUCGCAAUUGAUGGCGCCGCCUAGGAGAUCAACCCACAAAGAUCCAGUCACUGCAGGAUCAACUUCUUCAUCACGAGCUCAGCCUAUUCCUCCUCCACCCCAACAGACCAAGGCGAGCGCAGUAGAGAAACCGGUGAAGAAGAAGGUUAAGAUGGACCGGAUGGCGCUUUUCUUUGAUGGGCUAGAUGGUGAUGAGGAUGUUAUCGUGGCAGACUCUCAUAGCAACCCCAUCAGUACCUCAGCGCAGGCUCUCCCAACACCUGCGGGAAAGGCGACUAGACAGCCCUCCAGCCUGCAGAUCCCUGUUCCUAUCGCUUGGCCUGACGCUAACGAUGUCGAUCUUGAGCAGGAGGUGCCCUAUAAACGGACAACGCGUCAAUCUUCUCCCAAAAAGAAUUCAGUCAAGGAAGGCGGCUCAGCGUCAGGAGAAACAAUACAUACAGCCACCUCCACCACUAGCAGCAGCGCAAUGCCAGCAGAGAAGAGCAAGGGCAAGUCCAAGCUGAUGAAUGCCAUGUUCGAGGAUGAUGAGGUGGAUGAAACGCGGUCGAGCGCUGUCAAUGGAUUUGAUCCUUCAAAUCACGAUGAGGCAGAGAUGGCUGCGGCAGCGGACAAGAAGGGCGACGACAGGAUCAACGAGGAAUUAUUCUCGUAUCCAGUCAAGGAAUACGAUUCCUCGUUUCAACUCUCUGCACCAUCCUCCCGCGGGGCAGCAGCAGGAAAGAAGAAGAAGCCAACCUCCUUUGACGUGAUCCGAGACGACAUGGUUGCGCUUAACCUGGAUAUCAAGCUGGAACGCCAGAUCCAAAACAUGGAGGAGCAGGAACGAUGGAAGCGUCUGCCAGCACAAACCAAGGGUGAUUCCAACAAAUUGAUGCAGUGGGAGCGAAGCGCGGCGCUCACUACCAAGAGCAAGCGACGCAAGAUGGCGGAACAGCAGCAGGAUCAACAAGGCCAAGGGUCGGGGUCUCGGGAAACAUCGCCCUUGAAUGAUGAUGAUGAUGUGCAGAUUUUGGACGAGGCGGAUCAAAAUGACUGGCCGGAGCGGUGGAAGAAAAUGCCGAAUUUCAAGAACAUUGCGGGACCCAGUUUGGACCUGCAGGAGAAAUGGAAGAAUGUACCCAACUUUAAGGCCUUCCGCAAAUCCAAACUGCCGGGAGUGAAAGCGGAGCCCCGUGAACCCAUGCAGCUCACUCUGGAUGGUGAGUUGGUCCCGAAACAGGAGGCCACCGCAAAGAAGAUUGCGACAUACUUGAAGAGGGAGCCUGAAGUGCCUGACGUCCCGGUUCCAGUGACACACCGGAAAGUCAGCGAGAAGCAGCGGGAAAGAGAAGACCUUCAAAAGCUCUUGGCGGAUGAUUGA